AUGAGUUCCAGAAGCUCUAAAGAGAUGGGGGACGUCUCACAGAAUGCAGCAGAUCUCCUACUAAUGAUCAAAGAAUACCUGACAUUCUGUGAGCUGGAGGAAACAGUGAAGGUCCUUGGGAAGGAAUGCAAAAGCAAAGGGAAACCAGUGCCAAAAACACGCAGCAGUUUAACCGAAGACUGCAAGAUAUUAAAUUUACAGAAAGAUCUGCUCAGCUCGUUUGAUGAUGGAGAGAUGAAGGUCUUUUUUAAGCUGUGGACAGAAAACCUGCCCACACUUGUCCGUGACAGCGACCCAGCCGUACAAAAACUGGAGUUCUACCUGCAUAUUCACUUCUCCGUCUAUCCACUGAAGAAUGCUAUGGGAAAACAGGAUAAAGCUGAAUUUGAUGAGCGGAUGAGUCAUUUUAAACACUUCUUGGAGACGAGAGGUGCAGCGCUAAGCCAAACUACAGAGUUCCUGCCAUUUUACGCUCUGCCUUUUGUUCCCAAUCCUGUAACACAUCCGUCAUUCAAGGAGAUCUUUCAGGACUCCUGGACUCUAGAUUUAAGAAAAAAGCUUGAAAUGGUUUUAGUAUCUACUCUAAAAGCAUCAGCUACACCAAGGCUACUCAUAUUAUAUAGAGAAAGCACAAACAACAACAGAGAGGACAUGGAGCAGCUAGCUGAAGCAGAGAAAACGGCCUCUGCGUACAUGAAGAAGUUCAGUAAGAUCCAGGCUGAUUAUGACAACCUUAUCAGUGUGACGGCUGAACUGGUGGACUCACUUGAGGCUACUGUCAAUGGGAAAAUGAUAUCCCCUGAGUAUCUCCAGAGUGUGGGUGUACGCCUCUUCAGUGGACACAUGAGCCAGAGUGUUGCUCAGAGCAUCGAUUUUACACGGCCUGGAACAGCCUCGUCCCUGUUACGUGCAUCCAUUGCAGCACAGAGGAGUAAAGACGUCCCACUGCUGCCCUCACUGGACUAUGAGAAACUGAAGAGGGAUCUGAUCAGUGGAUCCGACAGAUUGAAAGCUUUGCUUCUGCAGGCCCUACGCUGGAGACUGACCCGCUCAAUACAGGGUGAGCAGAGAGACACGGUUCUACAGGCAUUCAUCAGAAAUGACUUGUUAAACUGCUACACCACUAAACAGAAAUCUGUGGUUUACCUCAUUAAAUCGAAGAAUGAGACAGUGAGGCAGUACACAGCUCGCCUCCUUAACACCUUUGCCUCUCUGUCUGAGGGUCGUGUGUAUCUGUCUCAGUGUUUCUCUCUGCUGAAGCUGUUAGUUGAAUGUUUGCGGUUAGAGGAAAAGGAUUCGGUAACCAGUAAGAAAGUGUUGGGGGUACUGCAGAAACUCAGCGUCAGACGGGUCCAUCAGUCGGCUCUGAUCAGAUUGGGUCUGAUCACGUGGUUGGUUGACGAACUGCAGGACGCGGACUCGCUAUCUGAUUACACAGUGGAGUGCGCUGUAACUCUGCUGAUGACUCUUUGUCUGCGCACUCAGGGAAAAAAAAAAUGUGCAGAAGAAGCCAAACGUGUGCUGAAGGUUCUGACUGACUUGUUAGGACAUGAAAGCCAUGAGAUCAAGUCCUAUGUUAACAGAGCUCUUUUUAGCAUCCUGAGUGUUCCAGCAUUAAAAAAAGAGGCCAUAGAAAUGAGUUUGGAGGAAAUCCUGCGCUGUUACAUAAAAGAGGAAAAUCCUGAACUGAUCAGAGCUUUGGAGUUCAUCAUUAAACAUCUCAACUCAGAGGAGACACCCAAAGAUCUGGAGUCAGGGGAUGAAGAGGAAGAUGAAGAUGAGGUGCCUGGGGACAUGAUAGAGCCAGAUCUGGACAAAGAGGAAGAUCUCCAACCCCAGCCUAAAGAGCUUUCAGGAGAACAUUUGCUAACUACAGAGUAUCUCGAAUUUCCUGUUUAGAUGGCCUUUGUGAAGUGAUCGCUGUGAUGUCUUCCCAUGUCUGUGAUGGCC